AUGUCGACAGAACAUGGAACGUCAAGAUCCACCAAAUAUUGGGCAUGGGAUUAUUUUUCGAUAAAAGAAGACAGUAUAAGUAUAUCCGUAUGCGAUAUUUGUGCACCCAGAACUAUGGAAACACAUUUAAAAGACAAACAUAACGUUACGAAAAAUGAAUGGGAAUGUCUUCAAAACUGGCGAGACACGAACCUAACCAAAAAGUAUUAUAACCUGACUCAGGAAAAGGGAGAAUUGAUCAAAAGAACAAAAAAGUGUACGAAAUGUGAUCAUGAGUUUCAACGUAGUAAUCUGUGCAUCAUGCUAAAGCAUUUGAUCCAAGUUCAUAACUCCGACAUUACCUACGGAUCCGAUUCACCUUCGGAUGAAAAUAAACUACGUUUACCUUUGAAUAUACUACCAAAAGAAUUCAACAGAAAUCCAUCGAAUGAUCCUGUAGAUCCUGUAGAUCCUGCAAAUCCUGUAGAUCCUGUAGAUCCUGUAGAUCCUGUAAAUCCUGUAAAUCCUGUAGAUCCUGUAGAUCCUGUAGAUCCUGUAAAUCCUGUAGAUCCUGUAGAUCCUGUAGAUUCUGAUGUUACAUCGAGCAACAAUCCAGAGCCAUCAGUAGAACGAGAAAGAGCAGCUCGCAAAAGUUGGAUACAGGAUUAUUUUUCGAUAAAAGACGACAGUUUAAAUUCGACAUGCGAUAUUUGUGGUAUAAAAAAGGCCCAUAAAAGGAAUUAUUUAGAUAUGAAAAAAAUAUAUGGACAUUUAUCUACUAUGCAUACGAAAAUUUAUGAAAAAAUUGAAAAGGAAAGAAGUAAAAAAUGGGAAUCGUUUUUUGAAAGAGUGCCAUGCUCAACUGAUAGUACAAGAAGCGUUAAUAUAAAAUGCAAACUAUGUGAUCAAAAUCCAUAUGAUAUAAAGCUUCGAAUAUACAUGCGUUACGAUAUGGAAACACAUUUAAAAUACGAACAUAAUGUUACGGUAAAUGAAUGGAGAGAUCUUAGAAACUGGCGAGACGCGAGCCUAACCGAAACGUAUUAUGACCUGAUUGAGGAAGAUAAAUAUCAAAAGAUAGAAUCGAUCAAAAAAACACAAAUGUGUAAGAAAUGUAAACAUCAGUUUCCACGUAGUAAUCUAUGCAUCAUGCUCAAGCAUUUUAUCCAAGCUCAUCCAUCCGACAUUACCUUCGCACUCGUUUCACCUCCGAAAAUAUUUUUACCUUCGCAUAUACUACCAAACGGAUUACUUAAAUCGAAUGAGAUUGAAGCUAUUGUAAAUUCUGAUGAUGCAAUGUCGAGGAGCAGCAGUCCAUCAAUAUCUGGCCGAUCUGAUGUCCUGUCCAGUCUGAUGGAAGAUAUUUAUGACUUGUAUACUGAUUAUUGGUCAACAAAAGAUGUAGAUGCUGCAUCGACCAUGAAUCCACAGUCACCAACAUCUAAUCUUUCUGAUAGCAUCCUUCAAGAACUUAUCAAUGAACGCUGUGAAGAGCUACAAUCAUCAUCUCACCAUUCUGAUGACCUCCUUCCGAUGCAAGAACAUGCCAGUUACAAGGAAACUGAUAAUUCACUAACAGAAGAUGUAGAUGCUGCAUCGACCCUGAAUCCACAGCCAUCAACAUCUUCUGGCCGUUCUAAAAGCAGCUCUGGAAAACCUUCCAGGAAACGCCGUAAAAUCAGUGAAAAUGCAAGCAGUGACGAAGAUGAUUAGUGAUAUUGCACGAAGCAACACCAUAACAUCGCUUCAACAUCUACACACACAAGUUCGGCCUCGAGAUUUGAUUUCUGAUUUUUUUAGUAUCAUUAUAUUGUAAUCAAGACACUCGAUGUUCUCCUGUUUAUAUUAUUGAAAGUAUUGAAAAACAAUGAAAACAAUGAAAAGAAUUGUUAACAUAAUUCAAACCAUUGACAUCUGAAUAGAUAGACGGAACAUUAGCUAUCGAUUAAGACGAGAAGGGCUUUAAUCGCUGAUAAUCGCGGUAAUGGGGAAUUCUAUGAACUUCAGUUGAAUUAGGUUACUCCCGA